AAGCAAAACUGUCAAAACGCCGAUUGAAAAAUAAACAGCUCGCUCCAUGUGCUUCAAGAGUUUAGAUUUCAAAGUUGUAAAAUUUUCUAAUUAAUCGAACAGAUUUUGUUAAAAUAAUCAAACUGUGAUGGCACGUCGCCCGGAGCAUCUCGCUCCACCGGAGAUUUUCUACAACGAAGAUGAAGCGCAAAAGUACACAAACAACACCCGAAUCAUCGAGAUCCAGGUACAGAUGUGCGAGCGGGCCAUCGAGCUGCUGGCGCUGGGCGAGGACGAACCGCACAUGAUCCUGGACAUUGGCUGCGGGUCGGGCCUGUCGGGAAGCGUGCUGGAGGACCAGGGCCACGCCUGGAUCGGAAUCGACAUCGCCAAGGCCAUGUUGGACGUGGCGGUGGAGCGCGAGGUCGAGGGGGAUCUGGUGCUGGGGGACAUGGGCCAGGGCAUGCCGUUCAAGGCGGGCACAUUCGACGGGGCGGUUUCGAUUUCCGCCCUGCAGUGGCUGUGCAACGCGGACAAAAAGUCGCACGUGCCCUCGAAGCGACUCUAUCAGUUCUUCAGCACGCUGUUUUCCUGUUUGACGCGCAACGCCCGGGCCGUGUUCCAGUUCUAUCCGGAAAACGCCGACCAAAUCGAACUUAUUACGUCCCAAGCGAUGAAGGCCGGUUUCUACGGCGGUCUCGUCGUGGACUAUCCCAACUCGGCCAAGGCGAAGAAGUACUUCCUGGUGCUGAUGACGGGCGGGAUGGUGAAGCUGCCGGCGGCGCUCGGAACCGAGGCCGACUCGGGCCAGAUUCCGUACAGCCGGAAGCGCGAGCUGGCGAAUAAUGCCCGCGGGAGGCCGCUUAAAAAGUCCCGCGAGUGGGUCCAGGCGAAGAAAGAGCGGCGGCGGCAGCAGGGCAACGACACGCGCUCCGACUCCAAGUACACGGCGCGGAAGCGAAGUGGGCGGUUUUGAGGUGAGGGGCGAGUUGUUUGUUAUUGUAUAAAGAUGCUACGGCUGUAGCAAACACGAAGCGGA